GAAUCAUCCCCCACGCACAGCCCCACAUCUACGGGGGGUUAGCUAAAUUACCAAAGUACCGGUACGGUACUACAAUAGUAAGAAUUUCCUCCGCUACAUUGCAUUACUAUAGGUAUCGCGUCGUCUUGCACCACUGUUCCUGCAAGCCCAUCUUCACCACCAAAGAUGUCAACCACAGCCCCACCCAUCAGGCUCCUGCCCGAGUCUGUUAGCGCGCGAAUACGCAGCACCUUAACAAUAACGAAUAUAUCCGACGUGAUAUCAGAGCUACUCCAGAACGCAAUCGACGCGGGAGCUCGCAAUGUGGCAAUUGCUGUGAAUCUAGGCAGGAAUAGCUGUGUGCUCGAGGAUGACGGUCAUGGGGUAACUCCAGAGGGCAUGCUCCUUGUCGGACGGGAACAUGCUACCUCUAAAUACCCGCCCGCUGGAGACUUUGGUUUCCGGGGACAGGCUUUGUCGGCUAUUUGUAGGCACUCCCUAACUACGAUUACCUCCCGAGCGGACGCGAGCGGACGGACGGUUAUGCGGAGGGUGUCGUACGGUCGCGAGUUGUUUACCGGGGCAGCGCCGGAGCACCUGGAGCUCAGGAGGUCGGGUACGGUGGUUAGGGUUGAGGGGUUGUGGGGGGACAUGCCGGUACGGGUUAAAGUUAGAGAGGGCGUGGAUGUGGACAAGGAAUGGGACGAUACGAAGCGGGGGAUCGUGAUGGUGCUCCUGAGCCGCGGGGGCGUGGGUGUUGUUGUCAAGGAUGAGAACGGGGAGGUGAAGGUUAGGGUUAGGGUCGUUGUGGGGUCCGGAUGGGAGGUUAAGGUGUUGAAGCAGGUAUAUGCUGUUGGUAUAGAUGGGUGGGAGAAGGUGGUAGCGAGGAUGGGAGGAAUCGGAAUAGAGGGCCGGAUUUGCACGCGGGGUAGUGCGAGCAAAGGGUUUCAAUACUUCACCGAAGACAUUAAUGGGUACCCUGUGCCUAUGGGGACGACCUUGCUGCAUGAGGAGAUCAAUCGGUUAUUUGCUGCUUCCUCUUUUGGCGUGGUAGAGGAGGACGAUGGAACAAAAAGGCUGAGGGGUAAUCCGAAGAAGGGUGCCGAUAGGUGGGCCAUGUUUGUACUGCGUGUCGAAUGUCAGCGACGAGAAGUGGAUGUCAUAGGUGGUGAAGGUGGGACAAAAGGGAAAGCCGGGCUGGAGGGUGAUAAUCUUAGUGCCACAAUCGGGCUUCUGCAAAGGCUCAUUCAUGAAUUCCUGAGAACUCAUUAUUUCCGCUCCACCCUAGCGACGGCUACGAAGCCCCAAAGGGGCGAAGGGACCACAAUUCGUGCAUCCCCCCAAUCGGCAUUAGAUCUUCUGGGCGAGUCCCGGCCAAGAACACCACUGGGUGUCCUCCGCAGAAAUACCAAUACAGCAUCGUCUCAAACAAAAGACACCGGAAAAUUGACAAAAAGUAGAGACCUCGGAGUAUUGGCAAGCUGGAGCAGAGUCAAAUCCGCCCGAGCCGAUCCAAGGGAAGAAGAAGGCAGACAGGGUCCGGGAUUUUCAAAAGCGCUUACCUUCUCACCCGCACCCCUCCCUGCUGGAUCUCGCCUGACACCAGAAAAAGGGAGAGGAGGGGACUCCGUGGAUGAUUCCGAGGCCCCCUCUGAUACGUGUUUUGAGUGGAGAGAUCCUGUAUCGCAGAAGACCUAUACUGUCAACUCCCGAACUGGUAAUACUAUGACGGCCAAGGGUCCUACGUCCGGUAGGUCUAUAGUUAGAGUAGGGGUGAAGAGGCCUUCGUCUAGAGAUUCCUUUCUAGGGCGAAGGCUCGGUGAUGACGGUAAUAUUAGUAAGAGGGCGUGUACAGAACCGCUAUCAGAGCCCAAGGAGCCACCAGGGCCGUUUAUAGAGAGUCUUCUCAGGACCUGGGAGAACCCAGUCUUCAAACCAACAGAUGCUCCAAUCCCCCAGAUCACUCUUCAUACCUCCGAAUUUGUGCCUGGAUGUGCCCACCCAACGACCAACUCACCGUUAUUUCUUUCCACUUGGACGUUAGGAAAACUGACCAAAACGGGUCUCCGAAAUGCGGAAGUCAUCUCACAAGUAGACAAGAAGUACAUAUUGAUAAAAAUGGCUGGAAUAACUACCUCCUCAUCACCAGAUCCGUCCGGUCUAUUGGUAAUGGUAGACCAGCACGCCGCGGACGAGCGUGUUCGCGUGGAAGCAUUAUUUGCGGAACUAUGCUCCCUAGAAGAGAGCCCCCAGGGAGACCAAACACGGGCACAGAGUGGGAACCUGACAUACAAAAUCUCGCACAGAGAAGCAGAACUAUUCACCCGCCACCGCGCUUCAUUCUCUGAAUGGAAGAUACACUACACCAUCGCAACCAACGGAGGGAAAGAAAAAGAAGGCGCAAAGGAAAACACAUUAACAAUCACCUCCCUCCCGAGAAUGGUCUCCGACCGCUGCGCCUCCGAACCAUCACUCAUGAUAGACAUCCUCCGCCGGCAUAUCCCCGUUCUUGAAGAUACUACCGCUAUGGCACAUGUUGGCUCGGCGUCGACCGCCUCAUCUUUAGACCCUCAUGCACCAUUACUCUCCCGUUGUCCAACCGCCCUAGUAGACAUGAUCAACUCCCGCGCUUGCCGCAGCGCAAUCAUGUUCAACGACCCCCUAGAGCUUGACGAGUGUCGUUUGCUGAUUGGCAAACUAGCGGAGUGCAAGUUUCCGUUUCAGUGCGCGCAUGGGAGACCUUCGAUGAUCCCGUUACUGGACCUUGGUGGCGUUGGGACCGAGAGCGGGGUUGGGAAGGUCGUGACAUUUGAAGAGGGAGUGAAAGGGAAGGGUGGCGGGUUCAGGAAGGAUUUUGGAAGGUGGGUGGAGAGGGAGAAGGAGAGGGUGCAGAGGAGAGAUGAUUAGUUGUAAGUAACUUAGUAUUGGGGAGAGGGUUCUGGCAUUAUUGGCCUUUUAGCUUUCUCCCCCGCUUUAUGGGCUGUAUCAUGAGAUUUGGUUCCAGCUGGCGUUUAUUGGUGGGUGUUGUUUGUUAUUCUUUGCGCGGAUGUGGGAUUGUGUAUUAUAUAGAUGGUUAUCUACCCUGCAGAGGCACCAGAUAGACUUUGGUUUUCUUCGUGAAGGGAAGUCGUGUUAUCAUA